AUGGGUAACAACUUCUCCAGUGUCUCCUCUCUGCAGCGAGGAAACCCGAGCCGCGCUUCGCGGGGCCACCCCCAGAACCUCAAAGACUCCAUCGGGGGCUCCUUCCCGGUCCCCUCUCACCGAUGCCAUCACAAGCAGAAGCAUUGCUCGCCUGCGCUGUCAGGUGGGGGGCUCCCGGCCACGCCGCUGCUCUUCCACCCCCACACUAAGGGUUCCCAGAUCCUCAUGGACCUCAGCCACAAGGCCGUCAAGAGGCAGGCCAGCUUCUGCAAUGCCAUCACCUUCAGUAACCGGCCAGUGCUCAUCUACGAGCAAGUCAGGUUGAAGAUCACCAAGAAGCAAUGCUGUUGGAGUGGGGCCCUGCGACUUGGCUUCACCAGCAAGGACCCUUCCCGCAUCCACCCCGACUCACUUCCCAAGUACGCCUGCCCUGACCUGGUGUCUCAGAGUGGCUUCUGGGCCAAAGCGUUGCCUGAGGAGUUUGCCAACGAGGGCAACAUCAUUGCCUUCUGGGUGGACAAGAAGGGCCGCGUCUUCUACCGGAUCAAUGAGUCAGCCGCUAUGCUUUUCUUCAGUGGGGUCCGAACGGUGGACCCACUCUGGGCCCUGGUGGACGUCUACGGCCUCACGCGGGGUGUCCAGCUGCUAGACAGCGAGCUGGUGCUGCCCGACUGCCUGCGGCCGCGCUCCUUCACCGCGCUGCGGCGGCCGUCGCUGCGGUGCGAGGCGGACGAGGCGCGCCUGUCGGUGAGCCUGUGCGACCUCAACGUGCCGGGAACCGACGGCGACGACGGCGCACCUCCCGCCGGCUGCCCGAUCCCGCAGAACUCGCUCAACUCUCAGCACAGCCGCGCGCUGCCGACGCAGCUCGACGGCGACCUGCGCUUCCACGCGCUGCGCGCCGGCGCGCACGUCCGCAUCCUGGACGAGCAGACGGUGGCGCGCCUGGAGCACGGGCGCGACGAGCGCGCGCUCGUCUUCACCAGCCGGCCAGUGCGCGUGGCCGAGACCAUCUUCAUCAAAGUCACGCGCUCGGGCGCUGCGCGAGCGGGCGCGCUGUCCUUCGGGGUCACCACGUGUGACCCUGGCACGCUGCGGCCCGCCGACCUGCCCUUCAGCCCCGAGGCCCUGGUGGACCGCAAGGAGUUCUGGGCGGUGUGUCGCGUGCCCGGGCCUCUGCACAGCGGCGACAUCCUGGGCCUGGUGGUCAACGCGGACGGAGAGCUGCACCUGAGUCACAACGGCGCGGCAGCCGGCAUGCAGCUGUGCGUGGACGCCUCGCAGCCCCUCUGGAUGCUCUUCAGCCUGCACGGCGCCAUCACGCAGGUCCGCAUCCUCGGCUCCACCAUCAUGGCUGAACGGGGUGGCCCGUCUCUCCCCUGCUCACCUGCCUCCACUCCGACCUCGCCCAGUGCCCUGGGCAGCCGCCUCUCUGACUCGCUGCUCAGCACCUGCGGUUCUGGGCCCCUGGGUGGCUCUGCUGGCGGGACAGCCCCCAACUCACCGGUGAGCCUGCCCGAGUCACCGGUGACCCCAGGUAUGGGCCAGUGGAGCGAUGAAUGCACCAUUUGCUAUGAACACGCAGUGGAUACAGUCAUCUACACGUGUGGCCACAUGUGCCUGUGCUACGCCUGUGGCCUGCGCCUCAAGAAGGCCCUGCACGCCUGCUGUCCCAUCUGCCGUCGCCCCAUCAAGGACAUCAUCAAGACCUACCGCAGUUCCUAG